CCCCCAUAAAAGCCUCUGUUCGGAGUUCAGAGCACAACCUCCAGCUCCAGCUCCACCACUACCACCGCCAACUUCCUCUUCAAUCUCAACCGUCCAUUCUCGCCGCUCGCAACCAAAUGGCUCAUCCGCCCUACGACCCCUACUACCUGCCGCAACCACAGCAACCGCCGCCGCUACCGGAUUACAGCGACCGGAGCGUGAUUAACACGCUCUUCGUCUCGGGCCUCCCCGACGACGUCAAGGCGCGUGAAAUUCACAACCUCUUCCGCCGGCGACCUGGCUUCGACUCUUGCCAGCUCAAGUACACCGGCCGCGGCAACCAGGUCGUUGCUUUUGCUACGUUUUUCAAUCACCAAUCGGCAAUUGCAGCUCUACAUGCGUUGAAUGGUGUCAAAUUUGAUCCUCAAACUGGGUCCUUGCUGCAUAUUGAACUUGCUAGAUCAAACUCGAGAAGGAAGCGUAAACCAGGUAGUGGAGCCUAUGUGGUUAUAGAUAAAAGGAGUAAAAAAGAGGAUGAUAACCAAGGAACGUCAAGCGAUGAUGGAGACAGUGAAUCUGAAGAACCAUCUGAAACUGACAAUCAUGAUUCUGGCGAGAAGAGUGAUUUAGCAAACACAAAGAGUAGUGAGGCAGUGGUGGAUUCUGAUAUUGCUGUAGCUGCCGUAAAUGAGCAAUCCGAAAAGCAUGUUGAUGGAGGACAAUGUUCCACUCUAUUCAUUGCAAAUCUAGGUCCUAAUUGCACCGAAGAUGAACUGAAGCAAGUUUUGUCUCAGUAUCCCGGAUUUAAUGUGAUCAAAUUGCGUGCUAAAGGUGGGAUGCCAGUUGCUUUUGCUGAUUUUGAGGAAAUUGAACAAGCUAAUAAAGCCAUGGAUGAACUUCGUGGCACCAUGUUACCAUCUUCAGACCGGGGUGGCAUGCAUAUAGAAUAUGCAAGGUCUAAAAUGAGGAAGUCGUAGAAGAAAAGAGACUCAGGUGACAAUGUUCAAGCAGUUCAUGCACAAGUUGAUUGGAAUUGUUGCUGUUUUCUAACCAACCAUGGCCUUGGUGCCUGUGUAAGCUGUGCGGUUCUUAGACUAGGUUUUCGACGUAACCAUUCAAUUUGUAGGUUAAUGUCAUUGAUGAUUAAUUAAAGUUGAAUGCUGUUACUUGAGAGAGCUAUAAAUUCCUCUCUUGCAUAUACAUCAGAAACAAAGACGAUGAAAUUGCCCAAGAAAUGCAAAAGUUUGAUGAUUAAACUUG